CACGUGACAAAAACAGAACCCGCAUGAAAGCUUUCGAAGGAACACGAUGUCAGCAAAACAAAUUGCAGCGUUGCAAGAAGAACGAGCUAAAUUAAAGUUGUGCUCUGGUAUACCAACAAAAGUAAACCACGCUCAAAUGGAAGACACCAAGUCUAACUAUUUUGACUUGUGUAUCUGCAAUCGGCAACUCCAAGAUAUCCUGUGUCGCUCCUGUGGGUACAUAUUUGUCGGCCGGCAGAGACGUCAGUGCAGCAUGCACCCCAAUGAAAUUCAUCUCAUGGACUCAGUAGUGUGCCCAAAAUGCAGAACAGACUCCCUGCUGGAAAUUAAAACUUCUAAAACCCCGGUAAAACAUGAUUCCGACGAGAUAAUCACUGAAUUGGCACACCUCAGACAGAGGAGAUACAGUAAAGAUGAGAACGACACAAGGCAUGUUAGUAUUGGUACCAGUCCUGAAGGUGAACAAAGCAAAAAUGUUUUUCACAAUUCUUUCACAAUGUCAAAUAAUAGAAAUACGGGUAAUGCUGAAAAGGAAACGCACGGUGUUCAAGAACAACAUACUGAUGAAAAAUUUCAAGACUUAAGGCGCGUCAAAACACAGUUGACAUUUGACAGCUUGAAGAGUUCAGAGUCCAAAGCGAGUGAAACCAAAUCAACAUGUGACACUAUGAGUAGUAACACUUUGAUUGGCUUUAAUUUAAUGAAAAGUGAUAUGAAUAAUUCAAGUGGUCCAGGUUCUGUUGUAGAUCAUGAUAGGAUACCUUUGUCAGGGCAAACUAAAGUUGCUGACAGCUGUAGAAUGCCUUGUUUAAAGCAAAGUUCAGCUAUUGACAACCAUAGAAUGCGAUUCUCAGGACAAGUUUUGGGUUUCACAAACAAGUGCAUGCCUUUGUCCUCACGAUUAACAGCUAUUAGGAACAUUGGAAUGCCUUUUUCAAUGCAAGAUACAAGUUCUGGUAACUACAGGAUGCCUCAGUUACGGCAAGUGCAAGCGUCUGACAACAGUAGAAUGCCUUUGCCAGGGUUAGCCCAAGUGCCUGGCAACUGUAGGAUGCCUUUGUCUGGGCAAGCCUCGGUGCCGGACAAGAGUAGGAUGCCUUUAUCUGGGCAAGGUAUAGCUCAGAUGCCCCAGUGUAAUGUUCAAAAGCCUGAAAAAAAUCUAGUGAACACUGAAGUACAAACUGACUUUGUUUUCCAAGGUCUACAGGAACCUAAAUUCUACCAUCAGACAGACCAAACACCUGUUCAGCCAAUGAAGGAAUCUUCCUUUGGUAAUUCUUACAAGUAUGAGCCUAGAAAAGCAGUUGGUGGUGAGAAGGAGAAUAAUAUUCUGAAAGCUGCAAUAAGGAGAAGCAACACAGAGGGAUGGAAUAAAGGUGUGGAAAGGAUGAAUGACCUGUGUAUUGGUGAUAGAAGAUUUUAAAAGUACAUUGUCAUUAGUAUGAUACCAAAAGAAACUUGUAUCUUGCUGGUACAUUUUUAUUAGAGAUAACUAUUUCAAGCAUAAUUAUUGUAAACUUUAUUUUUCAGUUCAAUUUUAGUUUGUUUGA